AUGCGAUGGAGCCGUACCUCACCCUGUUGUGAUGUUGUGCCUGAGAGCGUCGUGUCUAGGGGCAUCGAGCCUAGAGGGCGUCGCACUAAGGGGGCGUCGCACCUAGAGGGCGGUCCAUUUUUCCACUUCCAAUGCGAUGGAGACGUAUCUCACCCUGUUGCAUUGUUGUGCCUGAAAGCGUCGUGCCAAGGGGGCGUCGUGUCUAGGGGCAUCGAGCCUAGAGGGCGUUGCACCAAGGGGGCGUCGCACCAAGGGGCGUCGCACCUAGAGGGCAUCAUGUCAAGGGACGUCGCGUGCGAGGUUGCCUCAUACUUCUGCGAUUCCAUUUUUGUCCACCCUUGGUGA